ACCAAGGUUCGCGCGCUUUAAAGAGAAGUGGAGGAAACGUGAGAGAGCAUCGGGUGAUUCGAUUAAUCUUUUUUCAAACAGUCUCAAAAUUGACGGGAUAUCGUUCGUUUGGAUUUGUCGCACUUAAUUAUUCUAAAAUAAUAACAAUAAUAAUAAUAAUAAUAAUAAUAAUAAUAAUAAUAAUAAUAAUAAUAAUAAUAAUAAUAAAAUAAUUUUAAAAUAAUAAUUUUAUUGUAGUAACAUGCAGAAUUCAAAUUAUUGGAAAUCCCUCUCGAUUUUGAUAGUGUUUAUAUUUUUAAUAUGUGCUGAUAGAGAAGUGAUUUGUAGGCCCCCUAGGGGUCCAAUUGAGGAAGCAAUUCAAAGUGGCGCCGCGGCCAAUUACAGUGAGGAUAAAUGCACCUGGAGAAGGGGUAAUGAUAAGGAUUCAUGUCCUGAUCCUGAUGUGCAUUUGUAUCUUUAUUCGAAACUUGGCAAACCUAAGGAGAAAUUACAGGAAAUCAGAAAAUCUGAUUGGCUUCGUGGGGGUUACGAUGCGGCUAAGGAAAAUAUUAUUUUAAUCCACGGUUAUGCUGGAACCGAGGAAUCGGUACCAAUGAUGAUUCUCAGGGACGCUUAUUUACGAAAUGGAAGUUACAAUGUCUUUAUGAUUGAUUGGGGAGCACUUUGUGCGCCACCUUGUUACCCGGCGGCAGUCGCAAAUCUUCGACCUGUCGCACGAUGUCUUGCCGGAAGUCUCACAACCUUGAGAAAUCUUGGUUUACCAAUAUCAAGAACAACGUGCGUUGGUCAUUCAUUGGGCGCUCAUCUUUGUGGAAUUAUGGCCAAUUUUUUACUAUUCCGUAUGCAUCGAAUUAUUGGUCUUGAUCCUGCUCGUCCCUUAAUUCGUUCGAGUCUCACCAAUCGUCUCGACAGUGGAGAUGCCGAUUUUGUUCAGGUCAUUCACACCAAUGCUGGAUAUUACGGCGACAAAGGAAGAAUGGGCCACGUGGAUUUUUGUGUCAACGGAGGCAAAAUACAGCCAUUUUGUCAAAAUCAAACAAAUUUUCAAUUGUGCAGUCACGUAUGGGUCGUUUGUUUUAUGGCACAAAGUGUCGAUGACGGCGGAAGAAAAAUGAUAGCCGAGCCUUGCUCGCGAAGAUGUCCCUCGGGGCCAAGGAUUAGCCAAAGAGCUGGCGAAUAUUUAAUCAUGGGUCAACACACGCCCACUGGGUCCAAGGGCUCAUUCUGCCUAACCAGUAACAAUCCUCCCUAUUGUCCAAAAUACUCCAAUGAUCAUGGUGACCAAAACUGUUGCGUCUAGAAUAUGAGUAUUUUUCUUUUUUCUUUUUUUUUUUUUUUUUAUUGCAUCCAAUUGCAUAAAUACUGUCCUUCCGGUUUGACGACAUUUUGGAAAGUCGUGUGUCACUUCUAUAAUAAUUUUAUUAGUCCGUGGUGUAGUACAAAACCAUACGCUAUGAACUAAUAAAAUUAUUAUAGAAGUGACACACUACUUUCCAAAAUGUCGUCAAACCGGAAGGACAGUAUUUAUGCAAUAGGGUGUGUAUUUAUACGAAAAACAAAAUGUAGUUUCCAAUUGCAGAUUUUUCUUUGUUUUUAAGAAAAAUGAAAAAAAUUGCAAAAUCUCCGACGAAACUGACUUAAAAGUUCAUUUUUUGUUUUUAUGCGCGCAAUAAAUUUUUUUUUUUUGUUUUGAUGUACACCAAAUUGCUGUCCUUCCGGUUUGAUGCGACAUUUUGAAAAAUUGUGUGACACUUCUAUAAUCAUUUUAUUAGUUCAUGGCGUAUGGUUUAUAUUACACGCCACGAACUAAUAAAAUUAUUAUAGAAAUGUUACGAUUUUUCAAAAUAGCGUCAAACCUUAAAGGCGCUUGUACACCUCCUCCGUUUCUGAGUAUUUCAGAGUUUUGUCCAAUUUUGAUUGGCUCUCUUGGAAAUUUUCCAUUACAAAGCCAAUCAAAAUUGGUCAAAACUCAGACAUACUCAGAAACGAAGGAGGUGUACAAGCGCCUUAAGGACAGCAUUUAUUUUCUGCUUACGUUUACGAGUUUAGUCUAUAGAAACUUUUUACAUUUAUGCGAUUCCGAGAGUUUUGCUGUCCAAAAAGUAUAAAAACCUAGUAAGUCGCUUUUCCAUAAAGGUUGAAAAUCAUUUUGUCUAUCGACUUUCAAACUUAACGAAACGCAUAUGACUUACUAGGUUUUUAACUUUGGAUAGCAGAUUUAAAAUUGGCUUCGCUACACGGUAAAUUUUGUUGUGUGUGGCUCGAUCCCAAUAAUAACAAUAAUAUUUGUUAUUGGCAAGGUCGAUCUCUCGACAGUAAUUAAAUUAAAAUUCGAACCGCAUCUCAAGAAAAAAAUCUUGUUUGGGGAAUAAACAGUAACUAAUAACGGUUUGAUACCGUUACAUGUUCCGGAAUUUUAAGUCAGCGGAUAACACGUACUAAAACUGAACGAGUGGGAGAGAGAGUGAGAGAGAAUAAUUUUGAAUUACAUUAAAUAAUUGGUAUAUAUAUAUAUAUUGAAUGCUAAUGAUGAAUGUGUUUAUGAAUGAUGUAAUUUAUAAAUUAUCCAGGUAAUUCUUCUUUACUUUUUAAUUCUAUAGACUAUUUCAAUUUGCGACGUCUUCUUCUCUCUAGAUAAUAAUUUUGCGCAGAUAUUUAUUUUAUCGACACAUAUGUGACGCUCCGCGAUAUAAAGUAUCUGUUCACAGAAUUUUUAAGGUCAUAUUUUUGAUUUUUGAAGUGAAAAUAUACUAAAAGACUUAAACAUCAAUAGUUUGUAUAAAGAAUUGAUCCUCUUUAUGUAUUUUUACUUCAAAAAUCAAAACUAUAACCUAAAAAAUUUAUGGCGUUGGCCACACCCACUUGCAAAAAUUUUGUUCUUUCGGUUUAAGGUCUCUGUCACAUGGAGCAGAUUAGAUUUUAUCCAAUCAAAAUCUAAUCUGUUUUAUGUGACAAAACCCUAACGUUAUUUUGAAAAGUCGUGACACUUCUAUAAUAAAUUUAUUAGUUUAUGGUGUAACGGCGUAUACCACGAACAAAUAAAAUUAUAAUAGAAGUGUUACGACUUUUCAAAAUUACGUUAAAUCAGAAGAGUAGAAUUUAUGUAAUUGUUGUGUAAAAAAAUAUGAAAUGUAUUAUUUUUAAAAAAAAAUUUUUAAUGUUUACAUAUUGAUUCGACAGAUGACUCUCCAUCACUCUUCUUUUCCAUCUCCGCCAUAAACAAAAUUAGUAUUACUUUUGCCAAAUAAAUAUUAAAAAUUCUUUCUUUGCAUGAAAUUGUAGCUUAGGAUGUGUAGUUUCAUUUUCCGUCUGGUGAUUUGUGCUUGGCACUAUAUAAAAUCCUAUAUGGCGUUAUAAAUAAACAAAAACACCAAAGAAAAAUCUAGUAAUUACUGUUGUAAAUUCAAAAAAAAGUUAAAACAUUUAAAUGAUCCAUAUUCCUAGCUUCUGGGGGUCGCUGAUUACGAAUCCAAAGUCUAAUUUCAAAAAUUCAAAAUGGCGGAUACAAUACGGCGGACGAAAAAAUUUAUUUCAUCAGAUUUGUCUAAAUCUUUUUACUCGGGGGUUUUCGGGGUCGCUGAUUGCGAAUCUAAACUCAGAUUUCAAAAAUUCAAAAUGGUGGAUCCAAUAUGGCGGACAAAAAUUGAAAAAUCGUUUAGAUUCGAUUGAAACUUGUUAAUCGGGGGUUUUUGGGGUCGCUGAUUACGAAUCUGACAUCAGUUUCUCAAAAUUCAAAAUGGCGGAUCCAAGAUGGCGGACAACUAUGUUAAAAUCGCUUGGAUGCGCUUGAAACUUGUUACUCGGGGGGUAGCCGAAAAAUGUGACGAAAAAGAAGUGAUGAAAAAUUUAAUUAAUAUAUUAUAUGUAAUAUAUUUAAAAAAAAAUAAAUAUUGAAAUUUAUAAAAUAAACUAUAUAGUAUUUGGCCAAUAAAGAUACUUUUUAAAUAACACUGUAUAAAAAAUGCAAUUAAGAUUUUUAUUAAAUUUUUCCCAAGUGGAAUUAUUUUGUUACAAAUAUAACGAAACUUUUAAUCCAAUCACGUUUACAAAAGAAUUUCUUAUUUGUUAAAAAAAUUAUUAAAAAACAAAUAACAAAAGGACAGUCAGGCACCUGAAGAGACAAUAUUCUGCCACCAUUCAAAAACCAUUAAAUUUUUUUUUACUUUCAAAAGUUUAAAUGUUUGUUUAUGAUGAUACUACGAAUGUUUAGUUACAAAGAAAUUGUUUUUGAAUGAACUAGUAGAAUUAAAUAUUAUCUAAAUCCUAAUAUUAAUAUUUUUCUUCAUUUAAUUACUCUUAUUUUUCAGUUUCUCGUGUAAAAAUCAUAAUUCAUUUUUAAAAACUCGCGCGUUUUUCAUUCACUUCACUUUAGUUCACUUAACGUCCGCUGGGUGUCGAAGCUUUGCUUUCAAUCAAUUCUUGCACUAUUGAUUAGGCCUACUGUUGAAUGUUUUUAAAACGAUCUUCGCAUUUUAAAACCAGAUUCUUAUUUUAUAAGAACAAAGUUUCAAGCAAAGUUUGAUCAAAUUUUGUAAACUCGUCUAGGUCUGUAUAUAAAUUACCUAUAUUGUAUACUAAAAGUGAGAGAGGGGAGGUCAAAUAUCGUAGAAAAUAGUGUAAUGUAAUUUAAGUGACCAAUCAUUAAAAAUUUUUUAAAACUAACAUCGUAUUCGCAAUCAACGACCCCAAAAACCCCCGAGUAACAAGUUUCAAGCGAAUCCAAGCGAUUUUAACAUAGUUGUCCGCCAUCUUGGAUCCGCCAUUUUGAAUUUUGAAAAACUGAUGUCACAUUCGUAAUCAGCAACCCCAAAAACCCCCGAUUAACAAGUUUCAAUCGAAUCUAAACGAUUUUUCAAUUUUUAUCCGCCAUAUUGGAUCCGCCAUUUUGAAUUUUUGAAAUUUGACUUUGGAUUCGUAAUCAGCGACCCCUAGAAGCUAGGAAUAUGGAUCAUUCAAAUGUUUUAACUCUUUUUUGAAUUUACAACAGUAAUUACUAGAUUUUUCUUUGGUGUUUUCACCUCUUAGGCAGGAGGACGUCACAUAUUAAAAUUGUACUCUAAAUUCUCUAAAUAAGUAUAUUUUGUUCUUAUUUUAGAAAUAAAAAUAAAUUUAAUUUUUAAUAACAUUUGUGACGCGCUCUAAAGAAAGGCGGACCUUAUAGAAGCCAAAACAAAUUAUAGGUUAUGUAUGUAUUUUCAAAUUUAAAAUUUCGAAACACAAACUAUUUUGUUUUUCUUUCUAAGGUCCCUUUUUUUAGAGAGCGUCGUUUUAAAGAAAUAAAAUUGCAGAAUUAUACAAAUACUUUUUUAUUUUAAAUAACUGAAUUCGUAAUAAUAUUUUUUUAGAUUUAGGGACAAAAAGGCCGAGU